AUGGCUGUAGCAUGGAUAGAAGCUGAUGUAAAGUGGUUGAGUUUCUAUGUGUACCGGAUAGUGGUGCUUCUCAGCUUAACCAUGUAUAUUAUCCUCGCCACCUUCUCCGAGAGCCGCCGGCGUGAAGGCAAAGGUUGGAAGAGAGGGUUAUUGUGGUUGGCGUACCAGCUGACUGACUGGUGCCCGGCAUAUGUCAUCAGCAACCUGUACCUCGAAACCUUGCCAUGCGAGAAGAUGAUCGUCGCCUUCUGGGUGCCAUUCCUCUUGCUGCACAACGCUCGCCCAGACAACAUCAGCGCCUUCAUCAGCGAGGACAGUGAGCUCUGGCUGCGCGUGGGUGUAUUUGUUUUCUUGCAGUCCGUGGGAUCUGCAUUUAUUGUGUACAGGUAUAUACUCCAUGAGUCCACUGCUGGGUUGUUGCGCCAGGCGUCUUUCAUCAUGGUACUGCUGGGCCUUUGCAAGUAUGUGGAGAGUGCGGCGGCGCUACGGCGAUGCAACUUGAACCGCAUCCGGAGGUCAUUCAAGAAGCUGCAGCCCAAUGCCAAUAGCUUCAGGGAUGACUAUGGUGGAGGCAAGAAUCUGGAGGGUCUGAAAGACGAAGAAGCCUUGUUGUUUGCUCACAGCCUGUUUGAUAUCUGCAAGGGUGCCUUUUCUGAUUACUCGGUGGAGUACAUGAACCGUGAUGCAGUCAGAAGCAUGUUCUCGGGUCAAUGGGAGAGUAUGUGCAAGGUGGUGGAGAUGGAACUCUCCCUUAUGCAUGACAUCCUCUACACCAAGACAUCCAUGGUCCACACCUGGCAUGGCUACGCCGUCCGUGUGGUCUCGCCGCCGCUCACCACCGCUGCGCUCGUGCUAUUUUUCAUCCAGUGCAAAGAGUGCAUGAAUCUGAAGCCAAUAGAUAAAGCUGUCAGUUACAUAUUGCUGGGUACGACCCUCCUCCAUGAUGUGAUAUCGCUGUUCAGGACACUAGCGUCAGGUUGGACACAUUCAUACUUCAAACGUAUGUCAUGCAACUGGUUCAAGCAUCAAUUUUGGUGCCGGGGGAGAUGGGCGAAGCUUCGUCGGUUUGUCGUGUCACUGCGUCUUUCCCGGCUCUCCUUGUGGUUGUGGACAUGUGCAUGUCCCAGGGAGCCCAAAAGCUACAGGAGGUGGGCGGGCACCUUCGGGCAGUGCAACAUGUUUGACCAGUGCACUGUUGGAAACAGGCGCAACCUAUACAGCAUACCUGGGCUGACGACUGAAUCAAAAGGCCAGUUGAGUUCGAGAGGCUAUGAAUGGGAAGACCAUUCGAGGGGCCUUGAGAUUCCAGACAAUGUCAAGAAGCUGGUGUUCAUCAACAUGUGCAAACACUUAUUCCCUGGUCCCGAGCUGCCCCAUGAACAGUUUGUUCGUGUAAUUGUGCCACCAAGUCAAUGCAACCGCCCUGACAAGCAAGCUGUUGCAGAGUACUCUCCCAGAUCCUACGAGCAACAAACUGUUCACUGUAGCUAUUCUGAAGCCAGGCCUGAACAGCAUAAGCUAGUUAAUAUAUUGGAGAAUUUCUACACUGAUUUGCCCGAUACCAACGAGGAAGCUGCUGACAUGAAGCAUACAGAUCAGUCAGAUGAAGAUAUGAGGUUCCAUCUUGAGCUUCAAGAGGUCAUCCUCAUCUGGCACAUCGCCACCGAUGUCUUCCUCGCACGCAGACCCAGUAUCGAAGGCGGAAAGUCCGAGGAACUCGUGAAGGCGAUCAAGCAGAUGUCAGAUUACAUGAUGUUCCUCGUCGCCAAACGCCCUCAAAUGCUACCAGGGCGUACGCUCGGCGGGCUGCACGAGAAAACACGCCGUGCUGUGGAGUUGAUAUGGAAAGUGGCUAUACCAACUAGUCAUGCAACAAAAGAAAAGGAGGUGGUUGCCAAGUGGAUGCUGAAUAAUAUGGAUGAUCUUAAUGACCCAAAUUCAGCUAUCUGGGGAGGAACUCAAAAGAUGGACAAGGAUAAUCUUAAUGACCCAGGUAUGAAUAUGACUAGUGUCUGGAGAGGAGCUCAACUUGCCCAGAUGCUGCUAAACCCACCGUCCAAGCGUGGAGAAAGCAAAGGUACGGUACAAGUACUUGCAUACUGGAUUCCAGAUUUGCAACAACCUCAUCGGGAUAUGGAAGGCAUGUUGGAGUUCAUCUUGGAUGCGUGGGUGCGUCUGCUCAUGUUUGCAUCCAUCCGGUGCAGCAGGGAUUCUCACGCCAAGCAGCUCAGCUGCGGCGGCGAGCUCGCGACCCUCGUAUGGAUCAUCAUGGAACACACAAAGAGCAGCGUCGUCAAAAAGCAUCUCAAGUCACUUCUUCGUUGA